AGGUUGGAUUUGUUGGGUUACAACUUUUGACACUAUGAAACUUUCCUAAGUUUAUCGAAAUAUGGCAUAUCAAAAGUCCUCAAGAACUCCUAGAUUUCAGACAACUUCAACUACCGGAAAUUUGUAAUUGUCGCAAGUUCAGUAUGUUGGGAAGGCUUCAGAGACUAGACAAGCUCCAAGUAUGGAAUUGUGAUUCACUUGAAGAAAUAUUUGAGUCUAAAGAACCUAGUGUUAGCCAAUCACAAGCUCAAAAGCCCACUCCGCUACCUUUGUUGGAAACUGUCACAUGCUUGGAGGAUGAUGUGAAGGAUGAGAUUGUAUUUAGCAAACUCAAGUAUUUGCAACUUUGUGGUCUACCUAGACUUUCAAGCUUUUGCUCCGUUAAAUGCAAGUUUGAGUUCCCAUUUUUGGAAGAGGUGUUUUUGAUGGAUUGUUCCAGUAUGCAGACUUUCUCUAUGGAUGAAAUAAGAACGCCAAAACUGCAGAAAGUAAAAUUGCCUGGAGAUGAAGAUGAAGGCUUUUGGGAUGGCAACCUAAACUGGAACAUACAACUACAUUUCAUGCAAAAGAGUCAAGGUGAUUCUGAAAAUUGAGAUCAAAGAAAUUGCAGCUCAUGUCCUUUCCAAGUGAUUUUUGAUGGUGAGUUCGUCUUAUGCUUCCGUCAUCUCUACACUUGAUUGAUAAGGGUACAUCUCUUGUUUGAUAAGGCUGCUUUCUUAGUUCGUUGCAGGUCUGAAUGGUGUACACGUAAGUUGGAUGUGCGGUUGUCACAUUGCUUGGUGCCCAGAAUGUUGCCUCACUAACUAAAAUUGAUCCCUUUUU